AUGAGGACACCAGUUCUGCAAUGCCUCCUCUUCCUCUUUCCAAUGCUGCUGCCGCCGCGCGGGGCCUCAGCAGGGAGCCUGCACAGUCCAGGCCUGUCCGAAUGCUUCCAGGUGAAUGGCGCUGAUUACCGCGGCCACCAGAACUACACGGGCCCGCGCGGAGCCGGACGCCCUUGUCUUUUCUGGGACCAGACGCAGCAGCACAGCUACAGCAGCGCCAGCGAUCCUCAGGGCCGCUGGGGGCUGGGCGCACACAACUUCUGCAGGAACCCAGAUGGUGAUGUGCAGCCAUGGUGCUACGUGCCAGAGACAGAAGAGGGCAUCUACUGGCGCUAUUGUGAUAUCCCCACAUGUCACAUGCCUGGGUACCUGGGAUGCUUCGUGGAUUCUGGGGCACCCCCCGCCCUCAGUGGUCCCAGUGGUACCUCCACAAAGCUCACAGUCCAGGUGUGCCUUCGAUUCUGCCGCAUGAAGGGCUACCAGCUGGCUGGCGUGGAGGCUGGUUAUGCCUGCUUCUGUGGCUCUGAGAGCGACCUGGCCCGGGGACGUCCAGCCCCUGCCACCGACUGUGACCAGAUCUGUUUCGGCCACCCAGGCCAGCUGUGUGGAGGCGAUGGGCGACUGGGCAUCUAUGAAGUGUCCGUGGGCUCAUGCCAGGGAAACUGGACGGCACCUCAGGGUGUCAUCUACUCCCCGGAUUUUCCGGAUGAGUAUGGGCCAGACCGGAACUGCAGCUGGGUACUGGGCCAAAUGGGCGCUGUGCUAGAGCUCACCUUCCGCCUCUUCGAAUUGGCCGAUUCGCGAGACCGGCUGGAGCUACGCGACGUCUCAUCGGGCAACCUUCUCCGCGCCUUCGACGGUGCCCACCCGCCGCCGCCCGGGCCUCUGCGCCUGCGCACUGCUGCACUACUGCUCACCUUCCGCAGCGACGCACGAGGCCAUGCUCAAGGCUUCGCACUCACCUACCGGGGACUGCAGGACACGGUCGAGGACAGCGCAUCUCCUAAGGAUUCGGCCGAAACUCCUGCAGGGGACCCCGAUGGUGCCAACGAGAGCUGCAGCCCUAAGCCCGGAGCUGCACAGGCUUCCAUAGGGGCCCGAGUCUUCUCCACCGUGACCGCCAUCUCUGUGCUGCUGCUGUUGCUCCUGUCGCUGCUGCGUGUGCUGCGUCGACGGAGCUGUCUGCUGGCUCCAGGAAAAGGGUCUCUGGCCUUGGGACCUUCCCGGGGCCCCGGGAGAAGCUGGGCUGUGUGGUACCGCCGACCCCGAGGGGUGGCCCUGCCCUGUCCCCCAGGGGACUCUCAGGCUGAGGGUCCUGCCGCGGGCUACCGGCCCCUGAGUGCUUCCAGCCAGAGCUCCUUACGCUCUCUCAUCUCUGCUCUCUGACCCCAGAUGCCGGGGGGUCCGUCACAACUUCGGCCAGCGAGGUGGACACCCGAGAUAUUAUGCAGCACCCUACCUCUUCCUUGUGCCCCCUUAAAGGCAGCUCGGUCUCUGGUCAUCUUAGGGAGACCAGAAAAUCGGACAGGAAGCAUCCAGUGCUAUUUGGAAACUUGGUCUGACCCUUGGGGUCCAAAUGGUUGAAGCCAAAGGGCAAAAGGAAUCCAACACCCUAAUCCUUGGACCUUGAUGUGAGGGGUGGUGUCUGGUUUCAGGGUUCUUUGCGCCUCUUCUGGGGGUAGUCCUGGACUGCUGCCCUCAGUGAAAGGUUAUGGGUCAACAAAAGUGAUCUACAGACUGACCAUAGACUUAAAAUAA